AUGGAGCCAGGAUGUUUGUUAUGGGAACAUUGUGUGCUGACAGUUGCGGUGUCGAAACAGAGGAUCGAGGAACUGGGGCGACGAGAGCGCUGUUCCAGCGCCAGCACUAGCACCAGCGCCAGCAUCAGUACCAGAUCACCGCCCCUCUACUACGGCACGACACCCCUCGUGGCCGGCACGGACGACCGUCGUAUGAAUCCUCAACAGCUACCAAAGGUACCGUGUUAUCCGUCAUCCUAUUUCUGCCCCCUCCUUCCCUUCGGAAUCCCUCCCUUUUUCGCGGCUCGCUUGCUUCCCUUCAGGCUUAUCCAAGAGGGGGAACUCGUUAUGGAUACAAUGUUCCUAUCCUGGUUGGCCUGCCUUACCUGA